AGCUUGACAGGGGGUAGGGGUUGGACUGGAAUUCGGGAAUAUACGAAGAUCCAUUGAAGGCAGAGCGGACAUAAAAUUGCAGUGCCUGGCCUCGCGCGCUCGGUGCUGAAGUUGUGCUGGGCCCUUGGCACUGGAUUCCCGUCGAGUUUUGGAAAGUUGACUUUAUGGUUCGGUCGCUGGGAACGCACACACUAAAACAGAGAGAGAGCUCCCUUCACCCCUUCUUCAUUUUCUUGCCCCAAAGGUCCUGCAUGUCUAAUAUUUAGACAUGUUCAGCUUUGUGGAUUCCAGGACUUUACUGCUACUUGUAGCAACUCAAGUCGUUCUAUUAGCCCUUGUCAAAUGUCAGGAAGAGGAUGACCAGGAGCCCGGCAGCUGCGUGCAAGAAGGCCAGCGCUAUAGCGACAAGGACGUGUGGAAGCCGCAGCCGUGUCGCAUCUGCGUGUGCGACACGGGAACCGUCCUGUGCGACGAAAUUAUCUGCGAGGAGCUGAAAGACUGUCCCAACCCCGAGAUCCCAUUCGGAGAGUGCUGCCCCAUCUGCCCCGCGGGCCAGGGCAUCCCCAGUGGACCUGCUGGUGCUAAGGGACAGAAAGGUGAACCCGGUGACAUCACAGAUGUUGUAGGACCAAGAGGACCAGCAGGCCCCAUGGGACCCCCCGGAGAGCAGGGACACCGCGGAGACCGAGGCGAUAAGGGCGAGAGGGGAAGCGCUGGCCCCCGUGGAAGAGAUGGAGAGCCUGGUACCCCCGGAAACCCCGGCCCCCCCGGACCUCCAGGACCCAACGGACCCCCAGGCCUCGGCGGGAACUUUGCUGCUCAGAUGACUGGCGGAUUUGACGAGAAGGCUGGAGGCGCGCAGAUGGGAGUGAUGCAGGGACCAAUGGGCCCCAUGGGACCCCGAGGCCCCCCAGGACCCACCGGAGCCCCUGGCCCGCAAGGUUUCCAAGGCAACCCCGGAGAGGCUGGAGAACCUGGCACAUCUGGACCAAUGGGACCCCGCGGGCCAUCUGGACCUUCUGGAAAACCUGGAGAUGACGGUGAAGCUGGAAAGCCUGGAAAAGGUGGUGAACGUGGACCUCCUGGCCCUCAGGGAGCUCGUGGAUUCCCAGGAACUCCCGGUCUUCCUGGAAUCAAGGGACACAGAGGAUACUCAGGUCUGGAUGGUGGCAAGGGAGAGGCUGGUGCUGCAGGUUCCAAGGGUGAGGCAGGUUCUUCCGGUGAGAGUGGUGCUCCAGGACCAAUGGGCCCCCGUGGCCUGCCUGGUGAGAGAGGUCGUCCUGGACCUUCUGGAGCUGCUGGUGCUCGCGGUAAUGACGGUUUGUCCGGCCCUGCUGGUCCUCCUGGGCCCGUCGGACCUGCUGGAGCCCCCGGAUUCCCUGGUGCCCCCGGGUCUAAGGGAGAAGCUGGACCCACUGGAGCUCGAGGGCCCGAGGGUGCUCAGGGACCCCGUGGAGAGUCAGGCACCCCUGGAUCUCCUGGCCCCGCUGGUGCUUCUGGUAACCCUGGUACUGAUGGAAUCUCCGGAGCCAAAGGAUCGGCUGGUGCUUCUGGUAUUGCUGGCGCCCCUGGUUUCCCUGGCCCCCGUGGGCCCCCUGGACCUCAGGGAGCGACAGGACCCCUGGGCCCCAAGGGACAGUCGGGUGACCCUGGCAUCCCAGGGUUCAAAGGUGAAGCUGGCCCUAAGGGAGAGCAUGGUCCCGCCGGUCCCCAAGGAGCCCCUGGGCCUGCAGGAGAGGAGGGCAAGAGAGGACCGCGAGGAGAACCGGGUGCAGCUGGCCCCAACGGGCCUAUUGGGGAGAGAGGUGCUCCCGGUAACCGUGGUUUCCCAGGUCAGGAUGGUCUGGCUGGUCCUAAGGGGGCUCCAGGUGAGCGUGGCCCCUCAGGUGUGUCUGGGCCCAAGGGAGCCAACGGUGACCCAGGACGCCCUGGAGAGCCUGGUCUGCCAGGUGCAAGAGGUCUUACUGGUCGCCCUGGUGAUGCUGGUCCUCAAGGGAAAGUCGGUCCAUCUGGUGCUGCUGGAGAGGACGGUCGACCCGGUCCCCCGGGGCCACAGGGAACCCGCGGGCAGCCUGGCGUGAUGGGCUUCCCAGGCCCCAAGGGUGGCUCGGGCGAGGCUGGCAAACCAGGAGAGAAGGGACUGGCUGGAGCUCCAGGUCUGAGAGGUUUGCCCGGUAAAGAUGGGGAGACCGGUGCUGGCGGACCCCCUGGACCUGCCGGCCCCGCGGGAGAGAGAGGAGAGCAGGGACAGCCCGGACCCUCCGGCUUCCAAGGUCUACCUGGACCCCCAGGUCCUCCAGGUGAAGGAGGCAAGCCCGGUGAUCAGGGUGUGCCAGGAGAGGCAGGAACAGCUGGCGCUACAGGUCCCAGAGGCGAGCGCGGUUUCCCCGGAGAGAGAGGCGGCGCUGGACCCCAGGGUCUGCAGGGCCCCCGCGGUCUGCCCGGAACUCCAGGGACUGACGGACCCAAGGGUGCCAUUGGCCCCGGGGGCGGCCCCGGUGCCCAGGGCCCCCCUGGCCUGCAGGGGAUGCCCGGCGAGAGGGGAGCUUCCGGAAUCCCAGGACCCAAAGGCGACAGAGGUGACAACGGCGAGAAAGGACCAGAGGGCGCUCCCGGCAAAGACGGCUCCCGAGGUUUGACUGGUCCCAUUGGCCCUCCAGGCCCGUCCGGUCCUAAUGGGGAGAAGGGAGAGUCUGGCCCUUCAGGGCCCCCUGGAGCUGCUGGUACCCGUGGUGGUCCCGGUGACCGCGGAGAGACCGGACCCCCCGGGCCUGCAGGCUUCGCCGGCCCCCCUGGUGCCGAUGGCCAGCCUGGAGCCAAGGGAGAGCAGGGUGAGGGCGGGCAGAAGGGUGACGCUGGUGCCCCUGGUCCUCAGGGUCCCUCUGGAUCCCCCGGACCUUCCGGUCCCACCGGUGUUUCUGGACCCAAAGGUGCCCGCGGAGCUCAGGGCCCACCUGGUGCUACUGGAUUCCCUGGAGCUGCAGGCAGAGUCGGACCUCCAGGCCCCAACGGUAACCCGGGUCCUGCUGGUCCUGCGGGAGCUGCUGGUAAAGACGGUCCCAAGGGUGUUCGUGGUGACGGUGGUCCUCCCGGUCGUCAGGGAGACGCUGGGCUGCGUGGGCCAGCAGGCGCCCCAGGAGAGAAGGGAGAGCCGGGAGAGGAUGGCCCCUCUGGUCCCGACGGGCCAUCAGGACCCCAGGGUCUGGCUGGACAGCGUGGUAUUGUGGGUCUGCCUGGGCAGCGUGGAGAGAGAGGGUUCCCUGGCCUUCCGGGACCUUCCGGGGAACCUGGCAAACAAGGAGCUACUGGCGGAGGCGGAGACCGCGGCCCCCCCGGCCCCGUCGGCCCCCCCGGACUCACAGGACCUGCUGGAGAGCCUGGCAGAGAGGGAAACCCUGGGUCAGAUGGACCCCCUGGAAGAGAUGGUGCCACUGGGAUCAAGGGCGAUCGCGGUAACACCGGUCCUGUUGGGGCCCCGGGAGCCCCCGGAGGUACUGGUGCUCCAGGUCCCGUCGGCCCCACAGGCAAACAGGGCGACAGAGGAGAGUCUGGCGCACAAGGACCUGCAGGAUCCCCUGGACCUGCUGGAGCUCGAGGAAUGGCUGGACCCCAAGGACCACGCGGAGACAAGGGCGAGUCGGGCGAGGGCGGAGAGCGAGGACAGAAGGGCCACAGAGGCUUCACCGGCCUUCAGGGCCUGCCUGGACCUCCCGGUCAGCCUGGUGACCAGGGUGCUGCUGGACCUGCUGGCCCCAGUGGAGCAAGAGGACCCCCUGGACCCGUCGGCCCCUCUGGAAAAGACGGUUCCAACGGUCUGCCGGGCCCGAUCGGACCCCCUGGACCUCGCGGUCGCUCUGGAGAGACUGGUCCUUCUGGUCCUCCUGGUAACCCUGGCCCCCCCGGCCUUCCAGGCCCCCCAGGUCCCGGGAUCGACAUGUCUGCCUUCGCGGGCCUGUCCCAGCCGGAGAAGGGCCCGGACCCCAUGCGCUACAUGAGGGCCGACCAGGCUUCCGGAAACCUCCGCCAGCACGACGCCGAGGUGGACGCCACCCUCAAGUCCCUCAACAGCCAGAUCGAGAACAUCCGCAGCCCCGAGGGCUCCAAGAAGAACCCCGCCCGCACCUGCAGGGACCUCAAACUCUGCCAUCCCGACUGGAAGAGCGGAGACUACUGGAUCGAUCCCAACCAGGGCUGCACCAUCGACGCCAUCAAGGUCUUCUGCAACAUGGAGACGGGAGAGACCUGCGUCUACCCCAACCCGUCCAAGAUCCCGCGCAAGAACUGGUGGUCCAGCAAGAGCAAGGACCGAAAGCACAUCUGGUUCGGAGAGGCCAUGAACGGAGGGUUCCACUUCAGCUACGGGGAGGACACCCUGACCGCCAGCACCGCCAGCAUCCAGAUGACCUUCCUGAGGCUGCUGUCCACGGAGGCGGCCCAGAACCUCACCUACCACUGCCGCAACAGCGUGGCCUACAUGGACCAGGCCAGCGGCAACCUGAAGAAGGCCCUGCUGCUGCAGGGCUCCAACGACGUGGAGAUCCGCGCCGAGGGCAACAGCCGCUUCACCUACAGCGUGCUGGAGGACGGCUGCAAGAAGCACACGGGCCACUGGGGCAAGACGGUGAUCGAGUACAAAACGCAGAAGACCUCUCGCCUGCCCAUUGUGGACAUCGCGCCCAUGGACAUCGGGGGAGCGGACCAGGAGUUCGGGGUCGACGUCGGCGCGGUCUGCUUCUUGUAGAAGAGAGGAACGGCGAGGAACAUAAAACACAAAACAUCUAAAGGAAUAAAAACACACACUCCAAGGAAAGGAUGAAAGAAGUAAAGAAAAAUCCAGAUAGUUUGUUUUUUUAUGUUUUUUUUUUUUUUGUUUUGUUUUUUUUUUAAACAAGACUCUUUUUUUAAAAAGGUAAAAAGUACUUUCCAAGUUGUACUCCGAGGAUAUCUGCACUGAAAAGCACCAGCAAUAUUCACCCGGGACGGAUCGAGCAGCACCACCACUUCCUGAUCCUCAGAUCCCCCCCCCCACCUUUUCCCAUGGACCCCCCCCAACCCC